UGGCAUAGCCACUGACAGGACAGGCCAUUUCAUGAAGAACUUCCUGUUACCAGUCCAGUCCUGUCAGAAUUAGUUCCUGUGUUUCUGUGGAGAGCUGUGGACAGCUGACAGGGGCCAGGAGCUUUACCUGCCUGAGGUGUGGAAGACCAUGCUGAGAUGGAGAGCAGCUGCAGAGGCUUCCUGGCCAUGCUCCUCUUCCUGGCAGGACUGACAGCUUCUGGCUCCAGUAAUCGUAUCAUAGAAGGUCCCCAGAAUGCAACAGUCCUGAAGGGCUCGGAGGCUCGCUUCAACUGCACCGUGUCCUUGGACUGGAAGCUCAUCAUGUGGGCUCUCAAAGGUGUCGUAGUGGUGAGCCUCACGCCUCAGGAGCCCAUCAUCACAAACAACCGCUUCACCUCUGCCAAUUACAGCGUGGAUGGCAACUUCGUCUCGGAGAUGAUCAUCCACGACGCACAGCCCAGCGACUCGGGGCCCGUGCAGUGCAGCCUCCAGAACAGCGACCUGUUCGGAACUGCCUUCCUUUCCGUGCAAGUUAUGGGGACGUUGGACAUUCCUGGUGGCAGCCUUAUGGUCACUGAGGGCGAGCCCUAUAAUGUCACUUGCUAUGCCCUGGGCUGGACUCCACUCCCAGAAAUUUCUUGGGAGGUCCAGGUCCCGGUAAGCCAUUCCAGUGAUUUCUCCUUUCUGGAGUCGGGUGGUGCCGUGAGCAUCCUGGCUCUCACACCGCUGGGCAACGGGUCGCUGACUUGUGUGGCCAAUCUGAAGAGCGUGCAGGCCAGCAGUUCCCUAACUGUCAACCUGACUGUGGUUCAUCCUCCACUGGACAGCGUUGACAGGGCAGACUCGUCACUGCCGACCUGGGCCAUCGUUCUCCUGGCUGUGUCCCUGUCGUUACUCCUGAUCCUGAUCAUAGUUCUCAUCAUAAUAUUCUGCUGCUGUUGUGUCUCUGGGAGAGAAAAAAAGGAAUCUAGUUAUCAAAAUGAAAUAAGUCAUCUUCAGACUGAUCUUCACCUCUAUCUCUUCUCUAUGCUGAGAAGUACACAAAAUUCAUUUAAAAAAUAAAAAGGGAAGAAAUGUCACGCCAUCUCCAAUGGAGCCCGCAUGAGAUCCUCCGCGGUUGAGGCUGAAACUUCAAGGAAGGUUGCCUCUUGGAACUGGCAGUGCAAAGAUCUUCAGUGUACUUGGCUGUAUUUUGCUUGCUAUUAUCUUUAUGACUGUCAUACUUUUAUGGGUAUCUAGGGGACAUGGAGAGGACUUGGUGUCCUUGGUUUGGCUUCAGGGCUUGCCUUUUGAUCAAAACCUUGAUGUUGAGGAUAAGGUCCUAGGAACUCGGUUUCCUCAGAUGACCUUGUCUCCUGAUGCACCUUUACUGCUUAAAGCUGUAAUAGAAGCUGCUGGAAACAAUCAGUCAUGGAAUAUCAUGGACAGAAUAAAACAAGCAGAGCUAAUGCUGGAAAGUCCUAAAGAUGAUGUAUUUCUUACAGGACAGACAAGUCAGAGAAAAGACCCUAAUUCUGGUACUAGAAGAAAAAGAAAGUGACCACCAACUGUUAUGACUAAUUUUGGUCCGGCUUAGGUUUUGGCAGGAGGUAGAUUAUGGCAUCCACCGAAAGGGAAAGAAAGUAUGUAUAAAAUUCCAGAACCUACGGAUGAACCACUGCCUUUUACAGGAGCCUAUGAUAAGGAAGGGGGUAUAUGGGUUAAUAUAGGAGGAAAAAGGAUUUCUCGGUAUUCAUUAAAAUUCAUGGACAGACUUGCCAGAUCUAGGCCACCUUGGUGCCCGCUUAGUAAGAAACAAAAGGAGAGCAUACGGAGACAAUUAAAGAAUGUGUUUAUUUCUUGGAAAAAAAAGAUGGGAUAAUUAUAUUUAUAAGUCCCAUACUUGAAAGGAUUUCAUAAAAACUACAGGAUUAGAAUAAAAUACUAAUACUGCUUGGGGUUUGGGACUGUAUAAUAAACAGGAAAAAAAAAACAAAUAUAAAGCAACAGUAUUGUAAAUCACCUGAAAUUCAAAUAAAAAUACUAAUGAUUAUAGAGCUAAUAUUGAAAGCACAUAUUGGUUUGAGGUCAUCUCACUGUGUAACCACAGAAUAUAAAAAAGUUUCCAAUGUAAACUCACCAAAAUAAAAAAGAGAAACUUUCUGUUUAGCACUAGCUGGUGCUUGUUAAGAUAACAGCGUACUCUGACAAUACAUUUUGAUCAACCUGUGUUUCACUUUUGUUUCUGAAAUCAGAAUUCUUAAAAAAGAUUAACCACAAAAAAUGGCUUAUUAAUGUAACCAUAUAAUUCUACAAUAUAUAAUCUGAGCCCUACAGCUACAAAAAUACACUCAGACCUUCACGAAA